AUGAAGAUGAUGACGAUGAAAGAAAAGAAACCGGUCAAAUCAGACGGAAGCCAUGAUGAGGCAAAUUACAACUACGCGGGUAACAAGGGAACGUCCACGUACUUGAUCGACAUCUUGUCGAAGGCGUCCCGCGAGCAAGCGCAGAACUUGAUCCGAGGUGAGACGGAGAGAGAAGCCAAGGUAGAAGGAUCGCAGAAGACGUGGCAAACGACCGCUGCUCGGAGCUCCAACUGA